AUGCUUGAUUGUGGUAUUGUGUAUUUAGUAUGGUCUGGAAGGAGAGAUAUAAUAGAUGAGUGUGACUAUACUAUGCUGACUCGCCAAAUUCUAACUAGGAAUCAACUAAUUACUCAGCUUGAGGAAAAAUUAAAAAUGAAUAAGCUAGAAAUAAAAUCUUAUAAGAGUCAGAUCACAAAUUUAAAGGAAAGUGAGCAGAAAUUAAAAGAGAGUGUACAUAGUUUAGAACAAAGUAAUAAGUCCAUUAACUCAGCUAUGAAAUCAAUUGAAGAGAACAAGACUAGUAUAAUUAAAGACCAGGAAGCUACCAUUGAAAAGCUAAAGACCAAAGUUAAUAAUCAGAAAAAUGCCUUAGGAGACUUACAUAGAUGAAUAGAUCAUAAAAAAUUGCUUGUUUGAACAGCGGAAAAGAAAAAUAGAGAAUUGGAUUUAAAAUUAAAAAAGAUGACUAACAAAUAUCGGCAGAUUGAUACUUUAAACACUUCGAUACAAAGUAAGGAUAUUCAAAUAGAACAACUUAAGGCAGCCCUAUUAGAAGAACAAAAUAAGAAUAAAAAGUUUAAGGUUAAAUCAGAAGAACACCUUAAGGUAUGCCAAAAACAGAACCAACUUUUUAAAUUAAACAAGGCUUUAAAAACAAUUUUUGAAGAAAUUAUUCCUAUAAAUAAUAGCUAUAAGAAAAUAAUAUGUUUCCAAUUAUUGAUCUAUAAAUUACAGUUCAAAGUCUUUGAGCUGGAGAAACUUGUCUCAGAUGGCCAAGUUCCAAUUUUUGAGGAUCCUCCAAUAGAUUUUGGUCCACAAAUAGCUAAGAUAAAAUCUCACUUUGAAUGCCCUAUUUUGCUUGAAGAAAUCGAAUCCCCUGUGAUAUGCCCUUCAGGACACACCGUCGAUCUCAAAGUCUAUGAGCAAUUGGUCAGAGAUGGAAGGAAGGAUCCUUUCUCUGGGGAGAAGUUGGGAGAUAAGGUUGUUGUUAACAGGUUUAUGGUAGCUAUCAAAGAAAUCUUAAACCAAUCUAAUAGCAUGGUAAAAGAGGAAACAGAAGACCACUAG